UUUUAUUUCUAUUUUCUUCUCCUUAUUGCUCCUAGCUUUCCACAGCUCCACCGUCUCUGCAACUCUUUAAACUUGGACUUGGGACACAGAGAGAGACCUCACAUACAAUACCCAAGUGGCAAACUCUGCCUUUAUUGUGAGAGACACAUGUUUUAGAUGCAAAGCAUUAUUCUUUUCAUACAUCUUGAUCUGGAUUUUGCGUGUUUGCUUGUCUCUUUGCCUGUGUAUUGUGUGAAUUAAGCAGUUGUUGAUUCUUGCUCUGCUUUGAUUUAUCUUUUAUAUUGUCUCUUGUUUCAAAUUUGUGCACUUAGAGGUUUCUGGGGAUUAAUUUGGUGUUGAUUUUGAAGUAAAGGAGGGUUCUUUUGGAUCUGGGUCGGAGUCAAUUCAGUGCAUUGACUUGGGAUUUGAGAUGGGUUUUGUUUCAUUUUAGCUCGUGAUUUGGCUCAAAGUGCAAUUGACCAUAAUGACUUGGAAGAGUAGAGGAGUAGAUACAUCUGCGAAGAGUGUGGUUUCAAAGAAAUGGAGUCUUCUGCUUUGUAUUGGUUGCUUCUGUGCUGGGAUGUUAUUCUCUGACAGAAUGUGGACUGUGCCGGAAGUUAAAGAUAUAUCAAGGACAACAAGGGUUGAAGAUGAAAAGUUAAAGCUAGUUUCAGAGGGAUGUGCACCAGAAACUAAGGAUGUAAGGCAUGAAUCUAAGGAUAUCAUGGGAGAAGUUUCAAAGACACAUCAUGCCAUACAAACUCUAGAUAAAACAAUAUCGAAUUUGGAAAUGGAGUUAGCUGCUGCAAGGGCUGCGCAGGAAUCCAUACUAAAUGGUUCACCAGUAUCAGACAAUUUAAAAAUCACUCAAUCAAGUGGCAAAAGAAAAUAUUUAAUGGUUAUAGGCAUAAAUACUGCUUUUAGCAGCCGAAAGCGAAGAGAUUCAGUUCGUGCUACUUGGAUGCCCCAAGGUGACAAGAGAAAGAAGCUUGAGGAAGAGAAAGGAAUCAUAAUUCGCUUUGUAAUAGGUCACAGUGCUACAGCAGGUGGUAUCCUUGACAGAGCUAUUGAAGCAGAAGAUAAAAAGCAUGGUGACUUCUUGAGGCUGGAGCAUGUUGAGGGAUACCUUGAAUUGUCUGCAAAGACAAAGACAUAUUUUGCUACUGCUGUUGCAUUGUGGGAUGCAGAUUUUUAUGUCAAAGUUGAUGAUGAUGUGCAUGUAAAUAUAGCCACACUUGGAGCAACUUUAGCUAGGCAUCGAUCAAAACCCAGAGUUUAUAUAGGAUGCAUGAAGUCUGGUCCUGUCCUUGCUCAAAAGGGAGUCAAAUACCAUGAACCUGAGUAUUGGAAAUUUGGGGAGGAGGGAAACAAAUAUUUUCGUCAUGCUACAGGACAGUUGUAUGCUAUUUCAAAUGAUUUGGCUACUUACAUAUCAAUCAACCAGCAUGUGCUACAUAAAUAUGCUAAUGAGGAUGUUUCGUUGGGGUCAUGGUUUCUUGGAUUGGAUGUGGAGCAUAUUGAUGACCGGAGACUCUGCUGUGGUACCCCACCUGAUUGUGAGUGGAAGGCUCAAGCAGGCAACAUCUGUGUUGCUUCAUUUGAUUGGAGCUGUAGUGGGAUUUGCAAGUCUGUAGAGAGAAUCAAGGAGGUUCACCGGCGUUGUGGGGAAGGCGAGAACGCUUUAUGGAGUGCAGAAUUCUGACGAAUAUGAAUUCUUCCUAACUCAGGAGGAAGCAAAUAGACGGCUUGAGACAGUUUUAGAGAUUUGGAUGUAGAGGAGUGUGUGUAUUCUAAAUGUAAGGUGAGAGAGAAUGAGUUGUAGGAGGGGUUCUUGCUAUUGGGAUUCUGCUCCAUUUUAGGCCAGGAGUAAAAACCAACAGCAAAUUUAAGAGGAGACUGUAAUUAUUUAUUCUUUAUAUGCUUGGAGGGGCCAUUUUGUAAGUUUGCCUUGGCCAAUGAAACCCCUGAAUAAGUGCCAUAAUUUGAUCUAGCAUCUGCUAUCUUCUGCUUCAUAAAUUAGAAGAAUUCUUAUUCUCCA